AUGAAACAAAAUCAAGGAAAUCGUGGAAAUUGCGGAAGUCGCGGAAGUCGUGGAGGUCAUGGAAUUCAUGGAAGUCGCGAAAGUCAUGAAGUUAUAGCAGUUGGUAGAGAUCGUAGUAAAAGUCAUGAAAAUAUUGAAGAUACCGAUUCUGUUCUAGAUACUGCUUUACAUGAAGUAAAUGAUAAUUCAAAUAAAUUUUCAGAAAAUAAUCAAGAGAUUCAUAACGAAAAG